AUGCGGCUCUCUUCUUCGAUGGGUAAGCUCCGAAUUAAAGAAAAGGUACUCAGGUGGACAUGUACUCGGCAUGUUAGCACCGCAAAGGAAACGAUUAUCUCCUCGUUUCCGCUUGUUAUUAGGCUCUAGUAGGCGGGGGACUACUAUAAUUUAAAAAUUUUUAAAGUUUUCUAUUAACUUAUUGUUCCAGAAGAGUAAUUCUGAUUUCAGAGCCCCGCCCCCGUCUCAAACAUCAGUCCCAGAGUGUGAAUCUUAUGGAAAAUGAGAAGCCAAAGCAACGUCCAUAUCUGAGGAACUUCACGUCUAUGGGAUCACAACAUUCGAGUGGCUCCGCGAUCACAAUCCCCGAAGACGACCUUCUCCUUUCCUGUCCUGUAAGUUCGUUCGCCCGCAAGUCCUCGGCCUCUUCCGACGGGUCUUUGACUGCUUCGAUCACUUCGUUACCAGUGUCUGGAGCUGCUCCUUGUAAUAAAAGUAUCCCUCCGUCAGCUCGACGAUUUUCCCGAUCUCAAACAGGCCCCCAAUUGGUAACACGAGGUCCUUGGUCGAGAUACGCGAUCUCUGAGAACAAAACCCAUCAUUCGUCCAACUCUUCAUUAACCUCCACCACUUCGAGUACGGCUGUUUUAAUACCCAAGAAGAAGAAUUCAAUGGUUAAUCUGACCCAAGAUAAGAAGGAUUUUGAUGUUUUGAGGAAAUCCUCGGAAAGUUUAAAUACGGGGAAUGAAGCUGUAAGUAAUCCGAGUAUGCCGAAAACGUUGUUCAAACGCGUUUGAAAUAAGAAUUUGAUUUUAAAUCUGAUUCAUAUUGGUUUAGACGGGGCUCCGGCCUUAUGACUUCAGCCAAUGUUUCCUGACCUCCCCGUUUCGUCGUUCCAUCAGCGGUUCCAUCUUCAACGAUCUUCUCCGCCCUCCAGAUGCCUAUCCUUUCUCCACCGCCAGUUCCAGUCAAAACUCUUUAUGCGAUAAUUCAAAACGUCGAGAUUCUGUAUCAUCUGCCUGGAAAAGAGCCAAAACUGCCUCAAGGCAAAUGAGAAAUGCAGUGGAGAAAAUAAAACUUCGGAGAUCUGUGUCCACCGGCAAAUUGGACGACUUGUCGGCUCAACUCGGGUUGAGGGAACAAAACGUUACCGUAUUCCCCCCAAUGAGACCGCCGUUUUAUGCGUAUAAAGUGCUACCGUAUCUUUGGAUUGGCGAUAUGAGAGCGGCAAUAAAUGAGGAUUUGUUGAGUGAUGGAGGUGCGGAAUACGAAACGAGGAAGAUACGACGAAGAGUGGUAACGCGAUCUAUAUCUUUUGGAAUUUGAUUUUCAGUACAUUGAUUUCCGACCAGAGAGCGCUAAGAAUCUAAGGUAUUCAUGGCCUCCGAUAAGACCAAAUAUCUUGGAUUACUGCCUGCCAGUACCAAAAAGAAGUCAGAUCAGUCCUUCAUCACUGUUCAAAGUAAUGAUAGAAUUUUGUAAAUUGGUAAACAAAGCCAGAAGAGAUGCAAGGGAUGGGACUCAGGUAAGCAUAACCACUUUGGAUGAUCAAUAUUCAAUAUCAGGUAUUAAUUUAUGGCCCAGAUGGGUACAAUUUGUGUCAAGUCAUGGUAAUUGGAUAUCUGAUCGCUAUGUACAAUCAAGAUCCUCUGAUGGCUUCGGAUUUUGUGGCUAGAUCAGCUCCUAAGAUCAUAAUCGAAGAGCCUUAUGGGGUUUGGCUUUGGAACUUCAGGGCUUACAUCGAUAAGAAAUACGAAGAACCCUUAGGCCGUUUGACCGGAGAUAUGAUCAGGAUAAAGAAGACCGAAGCUGAAAGGGCGUACGAUAGAGAUUACAUCAUCUGUCGGUCAGAGCCUUACCUCACGAAGAAGUGGAAAAAAUUUGUUCAUUCUACUGGAGGUAGGGGGAUGUAAAUGGAUGUUUUUGUACAUUUAGAUGAGUUCCAAUUUACAUCUGAAUCCUCCAAAUCUUUACUGCCAUUACCAUUACAAGUGAUCGAUCGGGAAACGGAGCUCAGUGAUGAGGAGAAAGUUAUUUUUGAAAGUUUUGGGCCAGAAGAUGAACCCCUCAGGCUAAACGAAGCCAAGAAUACAAAACAACCACGGAGUACAAAAGUAGGAAAUCUUUGA